GAAUAAAGUUUGUUUAUUCAAAGCAAAGCGUGCUGUAUAUUUGUGGGCGGGGAGGAGGCGGGGUUUGAUGGCUCGGCUGUGAUGACGUGUUUCCUAGUCACUGCCUUUUACUCCUCCCCUUUUCUUCAGGGUACUCGCAUUACUUCCUGUGGCUGCGGGAUAACUUGUAGGAGCUGAGGCCAGACACCUAGGAAUUGUGAUGGAGGAGCUUCCGCCCCGGUUGACGCCUGAAGAGGAAGGAUCUUUUCAGUAUCUUAGAAUUAAAGACCAAACACCACCGAUCCUAACUAAGGCUAUCGAUGCAUUGCAUCGACAUAAAAAUGAGUUCUUUGAGAAGCAUGGAGAGGAAGGCACUGAAGCAGAAAAGAAAGCUAUCUCUCUUCUUUCUAAGUUACGAAAUGAACUACAAACUGAUAAACCAUUUUUGCCUUUGACUGAUAACUCUGUUGAUACUGAUAUAUGGAACCAGUACCUGGAAUAUCACCAUAGUCUUUUAAAUGAAAAUUAUAAAAAAACAAGCUGGUUUCAGUCUCCUUGGUUGUAUGUAGAGUGUUACAUGUACCGUAGAGUUCAUGAAGCCUUAAUGUUAAGUUCACCAAUAAGUUACUUUGAUGUAUUUAAAGAAGCAAAAGACCAGAAUUUCUUUGAAUCACAGGAAGCUAUUAAAUCUUUAUGUAAUUACCUACAAGAGUUAAAAAAAAGGAUUGAAAACCUAGAUGAAAAUCAACUGAAAGAUGAGUUUUUUAAACUCUUGCAGAUUGUGUUAUGGGGAAAUAAGUGUGAUCUGGCAAUUUCACCUGAUGAGAGCAACCCUCAGACAUCUAGUCCACUAGCUACUUUGGAAGAUCUGAAACCUUUCAUUGUAGUGAAUAAUAUGGACUACCUUUGGUUACUCCUUAUAAACAGAAAGAAAAUGAGACAGGAGACAUUUUCUGCUACUAGAGUGAAUUUUAUCAUGGAUAAUGCAGGGUUUGAACUUGUUGCAGAUUUGGUAAUGGCAGACUUCCUGUUAGCAUCCAAGCUGGCUACUGAGAUCCACUUCCAUGGAAAACGUAUUCCCUGGUUUGUUUCAGAUACUAAUAAAAAGGACAUGGAUUGGGUGAUUGAACAAUUAAAAGCUGCUAAUAUUAAGUGCAUGUCUGAGUGUGGGAUUAACUGGGAGUACUAUCUUAAGCAUACAUGGAUUUAUGAAGAUCAUAUGUUUUGGACUCUGCCUCAUGAGUAUUGUGCUAUGCCUCAGGUUGCUCCUGACUUGUAUGCCGAACUACAGAAGUCACAUUUAAUUCUUUUCAAAGGUGAUUUGAACUAUAGGAAAUUAGUAGGAGACAGAAAAUGGGAGCUUACGGUUCCAUUUCAUCAGGCUUUGAAUGGCUUCCACCCUGCACCCCUCUGUAGCAUAAGAACAAUAAAAACUGAAGCUCUGGUUGGUCUGGCACCUGGGCAAGGGGAACAGGUUGCGGUUAUUGAUCCUCAGUGGAGGACCAGUGGAAGAUUUGGUAUGUUUCAAUUUGAUGGGGCAAUUGAUUUGGCCUAGGGGCUUUUUAAAUCUUUAAAGAGAAGCUUUAACAUAGCUCAUUUCCUCCACAGAAAAGUAAUUUUGAAAUUUAAUUACUUUGAGGGUUUUGGGUUACUUUUUGAAAGUUUACCCUUUCGGUAUCAGUUGUCCUUAAUUAUGUACUGAUGUUGCUGAUUAAGGGUCUUUAGGUUCAGCUGCCUUUGGGAGUCUUAAAGACAUUUCAUUUCUUAUUAUUCAUUGGAGUUUUAUUUCUAUCAUCCAACAUUUCAAGUAGUUCAAAGAAGCUACUGAGAUAAAUGUAAAAAGUGUAUCUAUAAUUAAUUAUACUUGUAUUUCUAUUUAUUUUUUGCCAUUUAAAAGUAUAGUAAGCUACAUGAUAUAUAGUAUUUUGGGAAAUAUUAAAAUUAUUUUAACUUAAUUUUGUAUUGCUGCAACACAAGUCUGGUGGCAUAAAUUCUAAUUUAUCUGCCGUUAGGACAAAUUGCUUUUAAAACUGUGUGAUGUUUGAACCAUAGGGAAGUAGAAAAUUAACUUGAUGGCGUUAAUAAAUUCAGGAAUUGUCUUUUGUACUUGAAUUUCUUAAUGAUAGUAGCCUGCAUUCAUAGGCAUUCUGCAUUCCUAUAUAUAUAUUUACUUUUUUGAAUGGUUUGUUAAAUUGCAAAAAACAAGAAGAAAUUAGACUGGAAUGAUAUACAUUAUUGAAGAAUGAGAUAUCUCUUUCAUGCUUAGGAAUUUUAUCCAAAGAAAAUAAAAGGUAGUUUGAUCAAAUUGGCUUUAGAAAUGAACAAAUUCUUGUUUUGGAAUUUUAAGUACUACCUGCUUGAGAGAAUUUAGGUUAUUAUAGACUUUAGUCCCUGACUGAAAGGCACUUAUUUUCAUACUUUGAAUUUGGAAGGAUGUCUUUUCACCAUGGAUCAGCUUUGAACCUGAGUGAUUUUAAAAAGUAUAACUACUUUGCCACCUUGGUUUGAAAAAAUAUAUAACUGAAUAUGUUUUCUGGGGCUUUGCCAAUAAAAUAAAGUACAUUAAAAUUCCAUUUGGUUUUGUUUUCCAUUCCGGAGUUAAAAAUAGACAAUUAAAAGACCAGUUAGUACAAUUAACCAAUGCAUCAGUAACACAAAAGCAAUUUACAUAAGAGAUUGUUUAUCUUCCUUUCUUCCUCCUUAGCCGAAAAAAAAAAAAGCUUGGUAGUGACAAUGUAUAUGUAAAAUACUAGCUAAUUUAUUUACUUCUAUUUAUAGUUACAUUCAUGGAUGAUUCUUUUCAAAGAUAAAUUAUUCUGCUAUCCAAACAAAUAUAAGGUUUUUAACAGUAUAGUGUAAAAGGAUAAAAACAUUUGCAUGGACUGCUCAACUAUAGUGCAGCCUCUUGUGUAGAUAGUACAUUUUGUUAGAGAAUAAACAAAACAAUAGAUAUUAACAGGUACAUCAACCACAAAGAGCUUGAAAACUGUGAAGUUAUUUUUCACUUCACAAAUUUUUCAAUUCAAGUUUUCUAAGUUUCCCAGUUUUUAAAUAUGUGGUUAACUUGCUGUAAUAAAAUUUGCAUUUGAAAAAAA